CCCUGGAAGCAGAGCGCCAUGUCUGCAGCUCCGCCGCGGACUGAUCCUCCAUCAGAGCCGCUUCCUCACAUUCAUCAGGAGAUUUUUGAGCGCAAACCUUCCUCUGUGAGAAGUAAGGCACAUAAAUACGUGAGCGGCAGCUUUUACGCACGGCGCGUCUCCAUCAUGACGUCGCGAAUGAGCUCCAGAUUGUAGAGGAGGAGGAGGAGGAGGGGAGCUCUGCUCUGCUCGUCGUUUCCGUGGAUGGUUUGUGUAUCUGUUCGUGUCUCUAAGUGUGUGUCUGUGCGUGGAUUUUUCCCUCUUCUCUUUGCAAUACUUGGAAAUAUCCGAACCCAGGGAUUGGCGUGUUCACGCGCCGCGCACAUUUACCGCAAAGCCAUAAUAACAGCCAUGCAAGGCGCCGCGAGGAUGCUCCUCUCUGCCCAUUAAUCCGACUCACUGGGUUUAUCUCUGCUGGGAGGACUGGUCUGGACUGGAAACACCGAACCAACAAUCCAGAAAUGGCGCGGAUAUUGUUCCUGAUUAUCCUCUGCUCUCUCCCAACACUCGUCGUGCCCAUCCAUAAUUCAUCAGCAGGAGGCUGUGCCAUCAUCCGGCCUCCGAGGGAUGGAGGGAUCCGCUACAGAGGUCUGACACAAGAACAGAUCCGCAGCGUGCAGAUCCUGCCGGUGGACUAUGAGAUCGAGUACAUCUGCAGAGGGAACCGGGUCAUCGUGGGGCCAAAGGUCCGGAAGUGUUUGCCCAAUGGCACGUGGACGGACAUGACGCAGCCCAGCAGAUGCUUGCUGCUGUGCGCGCGGGUUUGGACCUCCCUGGAGAACGGCAGAGUGACGGCAAGGCCCCCCGGGCCCCCAGUGGAGGGGACGGUUCUGCAUUACAGCUGCAACGCCGGCUUCAUCCUGGAGGGGAGGAACAGCAGCCACUGCACCAAGCUGGGCAAAUGGGACGCCCCCAAACCCACCUGCCUGUAUGACAGAAACUACACAG